AUGGAUAAAGACCCGCGUGAACCGUCCCCCAAGCAACCUGCAGGUCCAGGUUAUGUUCCCAAUAUACCCAACUUCCGCGAUGUUGGCGUGACUGUGAACAAUCGGGCCAAUCGCAAGAUUUUGAAAGAAGGCGUGCUGUAUCGCUCUGCUGCUAUUGAACAAGCCUCCCUCAUUGAUAGAAAGAUUCUCAGGGACAGGCUAGGGAUUCGAACCAUUUUGGACUUGAGACUUAGAUCAGAGCGAGAAAGUGCCCAGGAGCAGGCACAGCUUUCCGAGGGAGUAUUCUAUAUUUCCACUUCUAUCACGGGCAUCGACUUCAAAAUGGUUGACCUGGUCGGAAAGGAUACCAAAAGAUAUUUGCUUAGCCUGCUUGGCUGGUUCAGUCGGCUCCGCUUUACUUUUCUUUACUACGUCUUGGGAGACCAAAUGGCAGCUAAGCGCAUCUUGAGCCGCGAGCUAUUGCGAAAGCGCGGGAUGAAUGGGUUCCUAAUUGACAUUCUGGACCACGGUAAAGCUCAAGUAUUGGAAGCACUGCGGGCGUUGAUUGAUCCACCCACGGCAACUCCAAUAUUGAUACAUUGCGUGCAUGGCAGAGACAGGACAGGCUUGAUUAUGAUAAUCAUCCUCCUGGCUUUGCAUGUUCCUUUGGACGCAAUCGCCUAUGACUAUCACUUUUCCGACCAAGGUCUGCUCGAGCAGCGUGAGAAGACUAACAAGUACAUGGAGGCACACGGGCUCGACCAGAGCUUUGCUACAACGUGCAAAGGCCUUGUUGAGGAGCUGGACGCACAUAUACGCCAUGUAUACGGUGGGAUCGAUGGAUAUCUCAGCUCCAUCGGCUUUACUGCCGCGGAGACUCAGCAAUUACGACAGUGCCUUGCUGCUUGA